AUGUUCGGAGAGAAAGAGGAAAAAUUGAAAGAUAUUCGAGCUAGCAGAAUAGUCGAGGUAGGAUUAUUUAUUUCUCAUUUUCCCGGGAAAGAAGCAAGAAGCAUACGGAUCGAAAAAAGGGCUGGGGGCACUACAUACCUCAUUCUUCACGAUUUUUUGCAUAAUGACAGAAACGCAGCGACUAUGAUGAUACUUAAUAAAUAUCUGGGCCAAAAAAUCACUAGUUCUAGCCUCUUGCAUAGAACAUGUGGACUGAGAAAGAACACAAAAUGCUAUGGGAUAAUUCAUGGUCAAUGUUACUUGAUGGGAGAUAUGCAACUGCAGUUUGUGCACAUGUGGUCCUGCAUGAGACAAUUGCUCGCUGAUAUGGAUGGCAUAAAACACCUCUCUGGUAUGAUAGAUUCGUAA